AUGGCAGCGGCCAUAACGGCGUACCAUACACCAUUGGUGCGAUUGCAGCAAACAUUGGACCAUAUACAAGCGCCGUCAAGCCAAAAGGAUGGGCAUAACCUGUCUAUUGUGCAUGGCCCAACUGAGCCUCUCCUCUGGGAGAUGACACUUGGCGAGCUUCUUUCAUUUCAAUGCCUGCGAUAUCAGGAUUCGGAAUGCCUCGUCUGCCCUUGGACUGGUGCAAGAUGGACAUACGGCCAUUUAGAAUAUGAAAGCAAUCAGCUUGCCCGGGGGCUCUUUGGAAAGGGCAUCAAGCAUGGAGAUCGAAUCGGAGUGAUGGCAGGCAACUGCGAGCAAUACGUCGCUUUAUUUUUUGCGGCAGCACGGGUGGGAGCGAUUUUGGUUGUUAUCAACAACACAUAUACUCACCCAGAGUUAAUGUAUGCUCUCAAACAUGUUGGGUGCAAGUUACUCUUUAUCGUACCAAAGAUCGGAAGACAUAGCCUUCUCAGUGCGUUGCGUAGCCUGGAAGCGCCGAUGGGGGUGUCGCGAGACCUGCCUCAGCUUACACAAACGAUAAUUCUCAGAGGCCGUUAUCAGGAUUUCGAAACCUAUGGGGACGUGAUCCACGCCGGCCUCGCUAUCCCAAUGAAUGCGGUCCAACGCCGCCAGGAGGAACUUUCACCUUUCGAUGUUUGCAAUCUGCAGUUCACAAGUGGCUCAACAGGAAGUCCCAAAGCUGCUAUGCUGUCUCACUAUAAUUUGAUCAAUAACUCAAGAUUUAUCGGGGAUCGUAUGGAUUUCAACCGGUCGGACGUCUUGUGUUGCCCGCCGCCUUUAUUCCAUUGCUUCGGGCUAGUGCUCGGGCUCCUCGCUUGUAUAACCCACGGAGCCAAGAUUGUCUACCCAGGGGAAACAUUCGAGCCGGAAGCUGUCCUAAGAGCGAUUUCAGACGAGAGAUGCACUGCACUGCACGGGGUUCCCACAAUGUUCGAAUCAAUUUUAUCACAGCCACGGCCGGCGGAUUUCGAUUGCACAUUCCUGAGAACGGGAAUAAUCGCCGGGGCACCGGUACCUCGACCACUAAUGCGAAGGCUUCUGAAGGAUCUUAACAUGACGGAAUUCACUAGUAGCUAUGGUCUGACUGAGGCAUCACCGACGUGUUUUAAUGCACUCACAAGCGAUUCGAUUGAUCGUCGCUUAGCAUCAGUAGGGAAGGUGAUGCCACACGCCAGCGCAAAGAUUAUAAACCCACAAACGGGGAAGACAGUCAGAGUGGGCGAGCGAGGAGAGCUUUGCAUGGCCGGUUACCAGGUAUUCAAUGGUUACUGGAACAAUCCUAGCAAAACGGCGGAGACCUUGAUCCAUGACGAGAGCGGAAAGGUCUGGCUGCGGACUGGAGACGAAGCUGUAUUUGACAAGGACGGCUACUGCACUAUCACUGGACGUUUCAAAGACAUUAUUAUUCGAGGCGGUGAAAAUAUAUACCCCCUUGAGAUAGAGGAGCGGCUAGCGGCUCACCCAGCGAUAUCCAAGGCGGCGGUCGUGGGAAUCCCCGAUAGCCAUUACGGCGAGGUAGUUGGAGCAUUCAUAUCCGUCGAAGAGGGCCAUCCUUGCCCAGCUGCCGAGGAGCUGAGGAACUGGACGAGGCAGACCCUGGGACGGCACAAGGCACCUAGAUUCAUAUUUGCAUUCGGAACAGAUCCACGUCUGCCUCCAACGAUGCCCUUGACGGGGAGUGGGAAGAUUCAAAAGCAGGUCCUCAGAGACCUGGGAAGGAAGCUGCUGGAAGAAGUCUAG